GCGUGCCUGUCAAACAAAAGCGAAGCGCCGCACAGCGUUUUUGAUUUCGCCAAAAUAUCACUAAAAGCACCUUCGCGCUGCGUCUUGUGAGUUCGACAGCCAUCGACGGCAUCAUUCAAACUAGGUUCGCCCGCGAACCGCUUGCCGCCCCUCGAGGAUGAUGUCCGACGUGCCCUCCAGCCGGUUCGAAAAGUCGCUUGGUUUGCUCACGACCAAGUUCGUCAAUCUUUUACAGAACUGCGACGGAGGGGUCCUCGAUUUGAAAAUGGCGGCGGAUCAACUAGCUGUGAGGCAAAAACGACGCAUCUAUGAUAUUACAAAUGUUCUUGAAGGCAUUGGAUUGAUUGAGAAGAAGAGUAAAAACAGUAUUCAAUGGAAACCUUACACCUACAAAGACAAACUGCAAAACACCAGCAAUCAAGAUAUAGCAAGCAAAGUAAUGAAACUCAAGUCUGACAUAUCUAAUCUGGAUACAAUUGAGUCAAACCUAGACCUACACAUCUCCUGGUUGGAGCAGAGCUUAAAAAAUGUCACCAGUGACAAAGAUAUAGCCAAAGAUCUGUAUAUCAAGAAGGAUGAUCUCAAGGCAGUUGCCACAAAUGAAGAUAGAAUAGUUCUUCUGCACAUGCCACUCAAUUCUGUUAUCAAACUGGAUGACAACAGAGAGAUAGGGUAUAAGAUGAAAGUAAGAUCUAAAACUGGCACAAUCAAUGCAUGCAUCAGCAAGGAUGAUAUGUCUUUGGAUGAUGAUUGUGAAUACAUUCAAAAGGAGCCAACAACUCCAGUAAAACAAGAACCACAAGACAGUGGUGAAAAUGAUGAGGAUGUACCAUGUAAAAAAUCAAAAACAGAAAGUGAUGAAGAUGUUGAUGAAGAUAUGAUUGUGGCGCAUAUAUUACUACGGAAUCCAACGCCCAGUAAAAGAACUAAUCGGAAAUCUGACACGUUAAUGUUUGUUUCAGAAUCAAAAUUCGUGCAUCUAUCACCGCCUACAUCGAAGGAUUUCGCGUUUCUGUUAUCAGACACGGAGGGAGCGAGUGAUUUAUUCGACGAACACGCGACCACGGUGACGGUAUCAUCCUAGUUUGUUGUUUACAGUUAAUUAUGUUAAAUACUAAAUGACGUCAUUGUUUCGAUACAUUUUUAGCUCGAAGCAUUGAUGAUUAUACAUAUUAAAUACUGACCCGUGAAAGGCAAGUCACAAAACUUUAAAAAUAAGUUUCAGUCUUGUGUAUUGUCUUACAUGUUUGUCAAUUUGUUGAGGUGAUGAGCGAUUAGAUUUUGGAAGCCAUGUAUAAUUUUGUACAUACAUUAAAAUUUGAAUGAGUGCUAGAUUAUGUUACACGUUAACGCGUUCAACCUACCAUUAGAAAUAUAAUUACGUCAUUACCGGCAGAAGAGCAGUUUUAUUUUCACGCGCAAUUGUCACGUUUCUUGAGUACAAAGAGUACAAAUUCGAACAUUUUUGAACAGAAUUUACGUAAUCAAAAAAAAUUUACCUUUGGUUAGCAAUAAAUGAUGUAUUUAUACAAGCAAAAAGAAAUUACUAUGAGAAACACAAAAUAUAUGAGACAGAAAUGAGAGAUUGUAUAGAAGAAUUUUUGUACGAAUGUAAUAAUUAUUUUUGUUUAAAUAAAUUAAUAUUAACCGCA